UUUCCUCCGACACCUGCAGAAUGAGUUGACAGACGUUAUGAAACAAGAAUGAGACCCCUUCAAUACGCAGUUUAAACACAAGAAAGGGAUUUAAUUUUGUACUGGCUUAAAAAACAGCUAGGAGAUGCAUUCUCACCUCUUAUGCGGCGGCACAGCAAGCGCUGUCGCCGCCAGAAGGAUGAGGAAUAUUUUGGGUUCUGUCCUGGGAAGAGACGGCUGGAUGUGGAGAACUCAUGAGGUCAAACUUAUCAGCACAUCUUCAGGUGGCACCGUGAUGAUCGGCGAGAUCGCUUACAAACUCAAAACACCCCAGAAUCCAGAGCUUGUUCCCGUCAAACACAUUUCAGACAUCAUGCCGCAGAUGGUGGUUCAGCACCUUCGAUGGAUCAUGCAGAAAGACCUUCUGGGCCAAGACGUGUUUCUCAUAGGACCCCCGGGACCCCUGAGACGAUCCAUAGCCAUGCAGUACCUUGAAUUGACUAAACGGGAAGUGGAGUAUGUGGCUCUGUCCAGAGACACCACAGAGACAGACCUAAAGCAGAGGAGAGAGAUCCGAUCAGGGACGGCUUUUUACAUAGACCAGUGUGCUGUAAGAGCAGCAACCAAAGGCAGAGUCUUGGUCCUGGAGGGACUGGAGAAGGCAGAGAGAAAUGUUCUUCCCGUCCUAAACAACCUGCUGGAGAACAGAGAGAUGCAGCUGGAGGACGGACGCUUCCUCAUGUCGGCUGAGCGUUACGACAAGCUGUUGCAGGAGCACACCAAAGAAGAGCUGGACAGCUGGAAGAUUGUCCGUGUAAGCGAGGACUUUCGGGUUAUUGCUCUUGGGCUUCCUGUUCCCAAAUACAAGGGCAACCCUCUGGAUCCUCCUCUCCGCUCUCGCUUUCAGGCCAGAGACAUCUAUUACCUGCCAUUCAAGGACCAGUUGGAGUUGUUGUAUGCAGCAGGACCAAAUGUGGCUGCAGAAAGGGUGUCUCAGCUGCUGUCACUCGCCACCACGUUGUGCUCCCAGGAAUCAUCCAAUCUGGGCCUCCCCGACUUCCCUGUGGACAACCUGCUUCCUGCCCUCCGUGUUCUGAACACUUUCCCCACACUGUCCUCCCAGCAGCUAAUCCAGAGGCUUUACCCUUAUAAAAGUAUCUUGGGCAAGGAUGGACACUCUGCUGUUGAGGGCGUGCUGAGCCGAUUCGAGCUUUUGGAUGGUCGCCAGCAGCUAGCAUCCGGCACCAUCUUGAAUGUGUCCACUUCAAAAGAAGCUGAAGGCCGUGCAGAUGUCACAGUACGUGUUGGGGACAAGGACGUCACCUUCCAGGUUCCAGCAGGCACCAAGGAGCCACGUGCACCCAACAGCAGCUCCACCUUUGUUAACACACCAAGUCACUGCCAGCUGCUGGCUGAGAUGAUGCAGUCACACAUGGUGAAGGACAUGUGUCUGAUAGGAGCCAAGGGAUGCGGCAAGUCAGUGAUUGCCAGAGAGUUUGCUGAGAUGCUGGGCUACAGCAUAGAGCCUGUCAUGCUCUACCAGGACAUGACAGCCCGAGACCUCCUCCAGCAGAGGUACACCCUCCCCAACGGAGACACAGCGUGGAGGCCGUCUCCGCUGGUCACCUCCGCUAUCGAAGGCAAGCUGCUGAUCCUCGACGCCAUCCACACUGUCAACCUGGGAACGCUGGCUGUGCUCUCCAGGUUGCUCCAUGACAGGGAGUUGGAUCUCUAUGAUGGUUCCAGGCUGCUGAGGUGGGACAGAUACCAGACUCUGAAGGAGCAGCUGCAGCUUACUGACCAGCAGCUGCAGGAGAGGUCAAUCUUCCCUAUCCAUCCGUCGUUCAGAGUGCUGGCCCUGGCAGAGCUUCCUGUUGUGGGUCCCACAUCGAGCAGCAUCAACAGCAGCAAAGGUCAGCAGUGGUUGGGCCCAGAACUGCUCACAAUGUUCCUGUACCACACCAUCCCACCACUGGCCAAAGCCGAAGAGAUGGACCUCAUUCAGGGGCUGACACCUAAUGUUCCAAAGGAAGCAGCAGAGCAGCUUCUGCACCUCACACACAGCCUCCGCAAGACAAACGACCCCACAGCACAGUCCCUGGCCUCGUCUCUCUCGACCAGGCAGCUGUUGAGGAUUUUCCGCCGUCUCUCGCUGUACCCCGAGGAGAGCAUCGCUCACGCCGUUAACAAGGCUUGCCUCUCCAGGUUCCUGCCCAGCCUAGCACGCGCCUCUCUUGAAAAAAGCCUCAGUAACUGCUCCAUACAAGACACACCGGACCCGGCUGAACACACCCGGGAUAAUCGCUGUGUGGUAAAGGAUGGUGUGUUGACCAUUGGCAGUGUCUCGGCUCCCGUCUACAACUCCAACCAGAAAAUAAAGGUUCCCGAUGUGCUCUUCUAUGACAAUCCCCAGCACAUGAUGGUGAUGGAAGACAUGUUGAAAGACUUUCUGUUAGGAGAGCACCUCCUCUUGGUGGGCAACCAGGGCGUGGGUAAAAAUAAAAUAGUAGACAGGUUCCUGCACCUCCUCAACAGGCCCAGGGAGUACCUGCAGCUCCACAGGGAUACGACAGUCCAGACUCUGACCCUGCAGCCGUCAGUGCGAGAUGGGAUCAUUACAUAUGAGGACUCACCUCUGGUGAAAGCGGUGAAGCUGGGUCACAUACUUGUGAUUGACGAAGCCGACAAAGCUCCCACUAACGUUACCUGCAUCCUCAAAACCCUGGUGGAGAGUGGAGAGAUGAUCCUGGCUGACGGGCGCAGAAUCAUUUCAGAUCCACGUGAAGCUGAAGGGAGGCCCAACACCAUAAUGAUGCACCCCGACUUUAGGAUGAUCGUCUUGGCUAACCGACCUGGUUUUCCAUUCCUGGGCAAUGACUUCUUUGGAGCAUUAGGUGAUAUUUUUAGCUGCCAUGCCGUGGACAAUCCGAAGCCUCAGGCAGAGCUGGCGAUGCUGAAACAGUACGGCCCCGACGUCCCUGAUGCUACUCUGCAGAAACUGGUGGCUGCCUUUGGAGAGCUGAGGUCCAUGGCUGACCAGGGCACCAUCUCGUACCCCUACUCUACUAGAGAGGUGGUCAACAUUGUUAAACACCUCCAGAAAUUUCCCAGCGAGGGCUUGGCCAACGUGGUGAGGAACGUCUUUGACUUCGACUCGUACAACAAGGACAUGCGAGACGUUCUGAUCGAGGCGUUGCACAAGCACGGGAUUCCCAUCGGAGCCAAGCCCACCUCUGUCAAACUGGCAAAGGAGUUGCCCCUGCCGGAAGCCAGGAUGACAGGACACUGGACCAUAAACCAAGGCGUCAACGCUCGCCGCAAACUGCUCUGUCCCACUGAGACGCACCCCAUACACAUCAAGGGCCCUGCAUUUCUGCGUGUCCAGAGUUUUCCCUGCAACAGGCAGGAAAGCCGAGCUUUGAGCUUCAGCGAGGAGAAAACUCACUGGCAGAUUCCCAUGAAUGAAGUGAACAUCAUCUGCGAUGUCACCAGCACAGAUGACACGCUGUACGUGGCCAUGUGUAACCCGGUGUCCCUGUACUCCAUGAAGGAGCGUGGGGAGACCAUUCAGUGCAUGGAGCUUUACGACGUCUUCCCCAGGACCAUCAGCGGUGUUUGGCAGCCGUUUGUUACCAUUGCUCCGCUUGGGAGUCCUCUGGAUGGGCAGGUGGUGCUGCAUGAGGAGCAGAGUAAUACGGUGCUCCAUGUGGACAUGGUGACCGGCGCCGUGCGGAGGCUCAUGUUGUCUCCAGACAGUGAUCAGACUCGCUCCAGAGCUCCAAACUGGUGGAGCAGUAAGGAGCAACAGGGAGGAAACAAGAUGUGUCGUGACUUUGCUCACAAAAACUGGCUUCUCUUCUACAAGGAGGACGGCAAUCAGCUGGAGGUGCUGGAUGUGCUGGAGGGCCGGGUUCAUUCCAUCUCCCUCCCCAUCAACCUGAAAUCGGUCUUCCUGGUUGCAGAGGACCGCUGGCUGCUGCUGGAAAGCAACACCAACAAGAAGUUCCUGCUGACGAAGCCCAUGCACAUGGCCUCUGAAGACUCUGGAGUUUGUCAGCUUCACAGCAUCAGCGAGGACUCGGUCAGCUCUGGACAUGGAGUCAGCAGCUCAGCUGAGGUGUCCGUACCACAGAUGCUAUCAAGUGAGCAGCUACCCAAUGAGAACCUCAGCGCUGCUCUAGGCCAAAAGAUUGUUUCUCCAAACCGUCUGCUGGCCAACACCAGCUUCUUUGCACAGAUCAUUGUGGGCUUCCCAGACCUCAUGUCCCCUAACGAGGUGUACAGCUUUAAAAGACCUGUUGACCUGUCAGAGAUGAAGAGCAGUGAAAGUGGGGCUCAUACAUUCUUCAGAGGUGGCCUUCGAAACAGCACAGCCAAACGGGAUAAUUGCAUUAGUCUGCUCUCAGCCAAUCAGGUGGUCCGAGCCAUUCCACCCAGCAAAGUGCCAAUGAAAGAGAUCUAUCCUAAAGAUGUCACACCUCCAAUGACAGCAGCGUACCUGGAGGUGACAGAUCUGACCUCCAAAAAGCUCAAAUAUAUUCCUGUGCCCAGGUCAAUGACUGUGUCGCCCUACACCAGCUGGCUGUCCAAGGUGUCAGAGAGUGACGUGCUCAUAGCUGCUCUUGGUUCUGGAAGCGUGGUCUCGGUAGAUAUGGGCGGGUAUGUCCGAGUCUGGGAGACAGGAUUAGACACCCUGCAGCGGUCGCUGAUGGAGUGGAGGAACAUGAUUGGGACUGAGGAUGGCAGACCCAUACAGAUCACAAUCCAGAGGGACAGCGGCCUGGAUGUCUCUGCUCCAAAACAUGGCAAGUUUGAUCCAAACAACGCCCCUCACGUUGGGGGAAACCAGUGGGCGGGAGGCACAGGCGGCAGAGACACUGCAGGACUGGGAGGCAAAGGGGGCCCCUAUCGCCUGGAUGCAGGGCACAAGGUCUACCAGGUUUCCCAGGCUGAGAAAGAGGCUGUUCCUGAAGAGGUCCGCAGAGCAGCUCGAGAGAUGGCUGAGAAGGCCUUUAAAGAAAGGUUGAAGGAGAUUGACAUGAGCGAGUACGAUGCCUCCACAUACGAGCGCUUCUCCAACGCUGUUAGAAGACAAGUUCAGUCGCUUCGCAUCAUCCUGGACAAUUUACAGGCUAAAGGGAAGGAGCGUCAGUGGCUUAAGAACCAGUCUCUGGGAGAACUGGAUGACACUAAAAUCAUUGAUGGACUAACUGGAGAGAAGGCUAUUUAUAAACGCAGGGGAGAGCUGGACCCAGAGCUUGGCAGUCCGCAGCAGAAGCCGAAGCGUCUGAGGGUGCUGGCCGACGUCUCGGGCAGCAUGUACCGCUUCAAUGGCGUGGACGGCAGGCUGGAACGCUCCAUGGAGGCGGUGUGUAUGGUCAUGGAGGCUCUGGAGAACUAUGAGCACAAGUUCAAGUACGACAUCGUGGGCCAUUCAGGUGAUGGGUAUGACAUAGAGCUGGUAACAGUGGACAAAGUUCCCAAGAACAACAAGCAGAGACUCAAAGUCCUCAAGACCAUGCAUGCCCACUCCCAGUUCUGCAUGAGUGGCGACUACACUCUGGAGGGCACAGAGGCCAGUAUCAAAGAGCUGGCACGAGAGGAGGCGGACGAGCACUUUGUGGUGGUGCUGAGCGACGCCAACCUGGAGCGCUACGGCAUCCGGCCCGAGCACUUCGCCCAGGUCCUAAUGUCUGACCCUCAGGUCAACGCCUUCGCUAUCUUCAUCGGCUCCCUGGGUGAUCAGGCUGAAAGGCUCCAGAGGACCCUUCCUGCAGGAAGAUCUUUUGUUGCCAUGGACACUAAGCAGAUCCCCCAAAUACUGCAGCAGAUCUUCACAUCCACAAUGCUGUCAAGUGCCUGACACAAACACCAACACACACUUUGCUUCCACUGACAAAAUCACAACAUCCAACGUUGGCAGCAACUUUUCACAAUGUGUCCUUAACUCAAUCUCUCCAUCAGACUGCAUAGCGGAGCUGGAUCAGGUCUGGAGUCUGCCUGAAGGGGUCAGACCGUUCUUUUUAAUGUCUUACAGAAGCCUGUCAGGAAGCUGUGACAGCAACAUGUUAGCAUGACAGGAUUAAGUAAUGAUUAAAUGCUCUGGUAACAGAGAGUGUACAGUGUGGUCUGGGAAAACCUGUGAUCUUGUUCAGUAUGACCAUAAAAUGAAACACUCUGCAGUGGGGACAUUAUCUGCCUCCGGAGCCUUCCUCAGACCCCGUGUGGUGAUCAAACACAGCUCAACCUGUUAUUCUUAAUUGGCCAACUCGGAGCUGACGCACUCGCUCGCGUCUGUUCUAUUUUGGUUUGCAAGCAUCUCGAAGGGAAGGGUUACAAACUUGACAUUGUGCAACUUAAUUUGGAUUUCCUCCUCGUUUAUCAGCACGAAAAACACUCAGACGCUUGCAGGAAGACCCAAAGCUGACCAGCACUUGGAUGUGCAGAGCUUUAACUCAGCUCCUGUGGAAUGCUGAAACUGUGACCGGUGUAUUUCCCGCCUGACUGCACACACUCUUUAAAGGCUGCCGCUGUUGCGCAACCCCUUGCCAUGCGUGUAUGUGUGUGUGUGUGUGUGUGUGUGUGUGUGUGUGUGUGUGCGCGUGUGUUGUCGUACAGCAUCUAUGUCAACAAGCCCUUUCCUUCCUGGCUGCUGAGUCUUGUGUUGCUCACUCUGUUCUUAGUCCUACAAGGAGUCUCAGAUCACCCUUCCUCACCAGACCUCCACUUCUUUUUGUUUUUUCUCAAACACACACACCUCAGCUUCUACAGAGUUAAUUCAUAGAAAGGCCUGAAAGUUUGUAAUGUCAAUUAAGGAUUAUAAUUGCAUGCUUAGAAAUGUACCACAUACAUCUAACACCAUAGGAGUUUGUCCCUGGUUGUAAUAGUUCACAUUGAGGCCUCACUAUGCAGGAUCGAAGGGAUCAAUGGAAAAGUCUGACCAUCUGUCAGUCUGUAUUGAUCUCUCUCUGACAGAGAGAUGCUCCCUGUUUUUAUUAAUCAAUUUAUUUUUUUUUUUUUGUUUCAUCUCAUGCUGCUGAUUAGUUUAAAAGAACAAAAGCGAAAUGUUUUGCCUUCACUGUAUGUUCAUUUGUUGGAACCUAAUAUUAAAGAGACAAAAAAUGCACAUAGGAGCAUAUUCAGAUCUCUGUAGAUUAUAAUAUAGUUAUUUAAAUGUACAUGUUAUAAAUUUAUGGUAGAAUAAACUGUAAAAUUAAUGUUCAACAUUUUAAUAAAUCAGCUUGGCUCAUCUGA